CCAAGAAAAACUAUAUUUUAACCCUCAAGAUUUUGAAACUUCCAUUUCCACCUCAAUCUCAGUCCUCUCUUCCCCGUCUCAACGGAAAGUCUCCAGCUCUCUCUAUUUUUCUCAUCAACAUUCUUUUUCUCUUUUUAUUUUGCCCUAACUUACAUUGCUUCCUCUCACCAUUUACCUCUCUCCCACUUUCCUUAUAUAACUUCUUUCUCUUCUCAAUUUGCUCCUCAAUACUCCUCACCCAGGUUGACGAUAGCUUGUGACCUGUGGUUUCUAUGAAUGGAACAGGAGAUGAAAGACUUAAAUCCUGUUAAAUAGCAUCCCGUAGAAUCCUAAAAAUGAUGUUGAAUGGCUUGCAAAGAUAUGUAGACCGUGAACAAGUUUGGCCGGCUUGUUCUAGGAAAGUUCUUCCUUUGUUUUUAUGCAGGCGGAAGGAAUUAAUCAGUACUUUUGAACAAGCAACGAUUUGCUGAGACUGAAGAGGAUGAGUCAGGCUGACCAAGGAAUCAGCGCUGAUAAUUUAGUUGAUGUUCCCUUGAAGCGAAAACGUGGUCGGCCCAGAAAAUAUCCGAAGUUAAAUUACGAUGAGAACAUUCUUAUUGCAAAGAAUAGAGGUAAAAAACAUUUGGAGGCUAUUCCUAUUUCUCCUGGUUCUGGAGUAAAUGGAAACCAAUCACUUCCAACAAUUCAAAUUCAAAAUGUAGCUGAUGGGAUGCUGGGACAAGUUGUGUCUGGUGUUAUUGAAGCAGUAUUUGAAGCUGGAUAUCUUCUGUGUGUUAGGGUUGGCAACUCUGGAAUCACUUUGAGGGGUGUUGUCUUUAAACCCGGCCAUUAUGUCCCUGUUUCAGCAGAGAAUGAUGUGGCUCCAGAUGUUCAAAUGAUCAGAAGAAACGCAAUUCCUCUUGCUACGGGAAAUCAAGCGCCUGAAGAUACCCCUCAAUCCAAAAAUGGAGAAAUCCCAUUGCACGAAUCAUCAGGUCUCAAACUGGGGUUUAAAUAUACAACUCCGCAUUCCAGCCAGGAUGCUUUGAAAGACAAUUCUAUAUCAUCUAUCUUCGCCCAAAUUACCCCUUCGGGAAGCUUAAGAGGUAAUGUGGUCCCUGUUGUGCUAGAACCUGCUAAGUUAACUAAUGGACCCUCAGUUCCCACUGAAACGUUGACAAUUCAAACUGUUGAUAUUGAAUCCGCAAAAGGCAAAGAGGUCCUUGUAGGUACUUCUACCUUGAGCGAAUCAGCUCCCACCAGUGUGACAGUUGGGAUUGAAAACUUCCAACCCCAAACUACUCAGCAGGUCUUAAUAGAUGAUGUUCAAGUAGAAAAUAGUUCUCAUAACCAAUCCUUGGUAGUGGAAGUGCAUGAUUCCGAAGGUAAAUCAAUGGCAUUGCCUAGCACGCCUUUCGAGAGUCUUGUGACUGAAGUGAUCAAGAGAAUUCAAACCCCCUCUCUGACCGCUGAGACGCAGACUGAGGAUAACAAACCAUCUGUUACAAUAUCAGCUAAAGAAUGCCAAGAUGGCUCAGAGGUUGAAGCUAACAUAAUAGCAGAUGGAGCUUUGAUGAUUGAACCCCUAAAAGCAGUACAACCCCUUCAUGAAAGUUCAGAGCCUAUUCCCAAAGCUCUGGAUGAUGAGUCUAAAACUGGCAAAAUAACUGAGCUGCUACAGGUUUUGCAGGAAAACAUGAUCCAAACUCCGGAGCCAUGGGCCGAAGCACAGAACCCAGGUUUCAUGCUGAAGUCAGAUGAACCUGAAUCAAAAAAAGAGAUUGGAGAUGAAAAUUCUGGUAGCCAAAAGCAAAUCUGAGUAGCUUGUAUCGCAGUAAUAUUUUCGCCAUCAUUGGUAGAGAAGGUAUCAUAUGGUGUAUCUGUUUUCUGGGUGCUACCUCACUUCUAAUCCUAACUUAGUGUAGUAGGAUCAUUAUCUAGAAAGUUAUUAAAUUUUUCUAGUUGGAUAUUUGGAUAUGGACAAUUUCACCUUUGUGAGAGUAAAAUAGCUAAGAGCCUUAAGUCUUAUAUAAAGUUUCCAUAGGCAGUUGAAUUUAAUUUAUGAAAAUUUAAAGUUCAAAAUUUCUAAUGCCAACUUUUUCCACGUA